AUGCUAGAUAAUCGAUUUGAUCUUUUAAUCGAUUUCAUUCAGCAAGCUCAUCUUGGAAGAAUGAGUUUGAUUACAUUAAUGAAAAAUCUCCCCGAUAAGACAUUAGCGAUUAUCCCCGAGAUUAUUUAUGACGAAAAUAGUCGAUAUUUGAAAUUAAAAGAUGAUAAUCGAAUAAGAAACAAUCGUCAAGAAAAAUCAAUAAAAUAUAUCGAACGAGAUAACGAAUCAAUCAAUGAUAUUAUUCAACAACGCCCUCUUACAGUUUCGUCAUUGCUCGAACAACAAAUGGCAAGUUUAUCAAUUAAAGAACGAUACGAAUGCAUAGCUAAUGAAUUCAAACUUUCUUCACUCGAUAUUGAAAAACAAUAUAAAUUAGCAUUGAAAAAUCGUAUUGAAAUACCACCGAUUUUAAUGCAUCGAAUUAUAAUCGAUGCUAUGAGAAUUCUUCGUUUAAUGAUUGACGAACUAAAUCAAGAUCUAGGAAAAAAUGACGGAAAAUUUCAACGAAUCACUACGCGUCUUAAUGAUCUUGAAGCAUACAGUAAAUUAUUCAAUCAGCAUUGCUCAUAA